AUGUGGUGCGAUAAUUGUCUAUUAUUUUUCCCAUUACGUGCUGGUGCUAUAGUAUUGGCUGUUAUCAUGGCUCUCUAUGAAAUAGCUGGCGGCGUAUUUUUGUUCUAUUACGGAGAGGGUGGAAUUUUUGGCGGUUAUGCAAUGCUUCAAGGUCUCUUUGCAAUUAUUGCGGCUAUUGCAUUCUCCAGUCGUUCCUAUCUUUUCUCGAAAUUUUUAGUUCGACUAUACCCGGUUAUUGUGUUCUUCGGACUCCUCAGGGCCGCUAUAGCUGCAUGGGAACUGCAACAUUGGGAAUACCGUAUCAUAGGCGAGUGCGAAUAUGGUGGAAGGCGAUGGGUCAGCGAAAACGUAACGUCAGUUGAUCCAACGACAGGAGCAGCUACUACAGUAGCCACUUAUGAUUACACCACUAACACCACUCUACCGACUACGAUCUGUAAUUUUGGUGUUCAUAAUUUCACAGAACUUUUCACAGCAUGUUUGGUGAUUGAUUUUAUUUUAAUGCUUUACUUUGCUUUUCUUAUUUGGCGGUUUGUUGUCAAAUUACGACAUUACCCAUUACAAAAAGGAACUGGCGCCGCUAUGUUUGAACAGGGAUUUUACGCCUAA